AUGUCGGUGCAAUGGGGCUUGCCCAUGCUGGCCGACUGUCUGCCCCAAGACCUCUUCGACCGAGUCUACACCGCUGCCGUUGACCCGACCUUUGUGCCCCCUGACCCUGGUCAUCUGCCCGCCAUCAAUGGCCAAACCGGGGAAGUGAUGAAAAAUAUUCCGCUGCUGCGCAUGUAUCGCGUGUCCCGUCGACGGUUCAGGAAAUUGUGCUCCGAGGGUAUAGAUGUUCAGUACAAUAAAAAACUCGUCGAAAUCACAUAUGAUGAUGAUCAGUCGACAGUGACAGCCACCUUCGAGGAUGGGACAAAAGCAACAGGGACCUCAUUGGUUGGAGCCGACGGCGCCCAAUCCCAAGUGCGACACAUCAUAUUUGGGCAAGACGGCCAACCCUGCGGCGUGCCUUAUUCCGCUGUCAAUCUGCAUGUUUGUUACAACGACGCCGAGAAGGCCAGGUUCGUACGCCAGGCCCACCCCAUCAUGGCCAUGGGCAUGCAUCCGAAUGGGUAUUGGCAAUGGAUUUCGAUCCAGGAGGUGCCGGAUCCAAAUGACCCCGCAACCUGGGUUUUCCAGCUCCAGACAACAUGGCACAAGCAAGAGGGGGAGGAGGUGGCGUCGCUGGCCAACCUGAAGGCUAAGGCUGAAACCAUGGGUGAGCCCUUCCGCUCCGCCAACCUGUGGAUCCCUGAGGGCACAAAAGUCCACAGCAACAACCUGACCUACUGGAUUCCCCGGCCCUGGGACACCCGUGGCGGCCGGAUCCUGCUCGCCGGCGACGCGGCUCACCCCAUGACCUUCCAGCGCGGCCAGGGCUUGAACCACGGCAUCGCGGACGCGAGGAGCUUGGUCCUCAAGUACAAGGCCGCGCUGGCGGGAGAGACCACCUUUGAAGAAGCGGCGGCGGCGUACGUGGCCGAGAUGGUGGACCGCGCGGGCGAGGAGGUUCGUCUGUCCAAGGAGAACACGGAGAUGCUGCACGACUGGGAGCGCAUGGCGAAUUCACCCAUCAUGCAGCGAGGGGGGCAUCCGAGGGGAGAAGAGCCCGGUGCAUAA